AUGAAAAAACUUUUGAAGCGUCGAACUAUGUUCGAUAUCCUGAAAAAAGUUCGAGAUGUGGCAGCGGCACAAAAUUGCAGUGCGGUGGUGAGUGCAUGUGGCCGAGCUGUUGCCACCGUUCUUUCAUCAAAACCGGACAAGGUUGAAGCCAUAAAUGCUUCGAAGUUGACAACCUUCAAAAAAUGUGAUGAUUCUUAUACGUUUGCAUUAUAUGUAGAUAAACCAAAAGAGGGGACAUAUUACGUUGUAUAUGUGCCGAGAGCGUUAAAGAUUUGGCGUACACGGAAUCGUGAUGAAGCAGAAUUGCUAAGGGAUCAAUUGAACAAUAUGAAACUGCUUGUUAACAUUUUGGAGAAAGUAAGUUCAAAGUUAUUCAAUACUGAACUCGAGCAGUUGAGAGAUUCGGUGAUCAAACAUCCUAGUUUUAAUGAUAUACAUCAUGCGGCUGCUUGUAACUUUCCAAGAAUUAUUGAACAGUUGUGCAAGGAUCGUCCAAAUAUAGUUAAUGAAGAAUCCAAUGAUGGCCAUUAUCCACUGCACACAGCAGUAGAGAAUAAUGCUAAAGAAGCUGUUCAAGUCCUCCUGAGUUUGGGUGCCCAUACUGCGAAGCAGGAUUGUCGUUCCAGGAAUGCUGUACAUUAUGGUGCCGAAAACAACCCGGAAAUACUGAAGUUGUUGGCCGGGACUCACGAUUUUUUAGACGCUGUAGAUGUAAUUGAUGAAGAUGGCUUAUCGCCACUUUGCCUAGCUAUUUGUUCAGCUAAAGAAAAAUGCGUGGAACUCUUGUUGGAUGCAGAUUGUUCAACUGGUCCCUUUCCGGGUGGUUCUUUGGCUGCUAUGGUUUCUGUAGCUACUUCAUCACCCGACUUACCAAGGAUAGUCGAUUUAUUGUUAAUACGCGCUCCACAAUUCUUAGCCGAAGAGAUCGGUGGUUCGUCGUCCAUACUUCAUGAAAAAUUGGAACUAAAAUUGCUAUACCAUAUUCUGGGAGAUCUUGGCGAUGUUGUUAAUGUAAACAUUCGAAAUGGUUCGAAUCAAACACCGCUACAUUGUGCUGUAGCUCGGAAUGAUUUGUCACAAAGUUUUGUACUACUAACACACAAUGCUGAUGUAAAUAUUGCAAAUUAUGAAGGUGACACCCCGUUGCAUGUAUCUGUUAGGAAUGGAGAUGUUGAUAUUGUGAAACUGUUGUUAUGUUUUCGAGCAUCAGUUCAGCUAAAGAAUAAUCGCGGAGAAACACCAUUAGAUGUUGGGAGUAGCACAGAAAUCAUAGAAUGUCUGAAGCUCUUCGCUCACCCACCAUCAGUGAUUCAACCAGUUUUGGAUAAUGUUUUAUCUGAUCUUAUGCAAGAGAGAGCAUUAGAGGAACGGUAUCAAAUGACACUAGAACAAAGGCAGCAAUUGGUCAAUGUAAUAAGUUUCGAUGGCGGUGGAAUAAGAGGCUUAAUACUUUUGCAGACGUUAAUGCAUAUUAAGAAUUUGUUGGGUCAUUCUCUCAUGCAACACUUUCAGUGGUUAUGCGGAACUAGUACAGGAGCAAUAAUCGCAUUGGGGCUGGCAAAAGAUUUGUAUUCGCUAAAACAUUGUCAAAAUCUCUAUCUGCGCAUGAAGGAUGAAUUAUUUGUGGGUCGACGACCAUAUUCGGAAAAAGUAAUCGAUGGUCUCCUCCGCGAUAUUUUUGGCGAUAAAACAACGAUGGCGCAAUUAAAAUCUAAAAAAGUCAUUGUGACAGCUUCAUGUGUACAAAGAAAGCCACCACUGUUGAAACUUUUUCGCAAUUAUACUUUACCGGUUAGCAAAGCUGAAAACAAAGCCUUGGGAUUUGAUGAUCCUUGUAAGAACUUAGUAUGGAAGUGUGCGCGAUAUUCUAGCGCUGCCCCAACAUUUUUCACACCGAAAGAUAAUUUUGUUGAUGGCGGAUUAAUGUCAAAUAAUCCAACGCUUGAUCUUUUGUCAGAUAUACACACUUAUAACGCUGCAUGUAUUAAAGCAAAAAAAGAAACUAUACGCAUUGGCUGCAUCAUAUCACUAGGAACUGGUCAAGCACCUCAUGAAGAGUUAGGAAACAUGAAAUGGAAUUUUGGUGUGCCUGGAGGUCUUAUCGAAGGCGUGUCAAUGUUUCAGGAUUUAAUGAGUUUGAAAAAUCUUCUUGUAGAGCAAAUUACAGCUUCCAAUGGACCAUGCGUGACACGUGCGCGUUCUUGGGCUCAUGAUCAAUCUAUUCCAUUUUUUCGUUUUUCGCCAUCCCUUUCUUCACAUGUGGAUCUUGAUGAAAGCAAUAAUAAAGUAAUCGUUGGCUUCUUAUGGGACACGGAGGGCAGAAAACAACGGUGA